CAACAAUCAACACUGGCACCUAACCUGACUACUACAGUCACAGUCAGUCAGUCCAUGUAGUCAGAGUGAGUAGUGCGUGUGUGUGCGCGUGUGUCAUGUGUCUUCCACAUCCACACAGACGCCUCAUUCUACUCGGUGUGGCCUGGGGCCAGGAUGCUGAAUGUGCUGCUGGUAGUGCUGACCUCGCUGACGCUGCCUGCUGCCGCUCAGAUCCGUGUGGGAGGUGCCAUCAACCUUUUUGGUCGCUACGGUUACCUCAGUAUCAGCAUGAAGGUGGUUCCACGCAACGAGACCGACCAAAGUUGGGUCUUCAGAGAGCCCAUCGUCGAUGUCUUCAAAAACGUUCCGGUCAGAAGCAGCUUGUCUGCCAAAGUGGCUUCCAACCCCCUGAUACAAGGCGACUUCCACAUGGAGUUCUGUGACAACGUCCGCCAGCUGCUACAGGCGUAUUUCCGCGACUUUGCCGUGGAGAGACUGGAUCGGCCCUGGCAGGCGUUCACCGGCAGCUGGCCGGCCUCGGCGGUCGCCCGCAACCUGGGACUGAACGCAUCUUACGUCACUGGCCGCCACAGCUACGUUCUGGUGCGAUUGGCCCGACACCGCGAAGCCUCCAGGGUGCAGGAGGACGCCGCCAUGACACCGAACAGCUCCGAGCUGCACGAAGCUGUAGCUAGACAGGCGGCUCUGGUCACCCCAGGGGACACGGCCAGCGUCAUCGAGUUCAUCAAGAGCUUCGGCAGUCACUACGUCCGCAGUUUCGUCACCGGCAACACGCUCUUCCAGGUGUUCGUGUACAGCCCCGCCAUCUACAGUCGUAUCAAGGAGGUGAUGAAGGUGCGAGGAGUGUCAGCACUGUCCUCGGAGGAGAUUGACAGCUACUUCUCGCCGUGGUACGCGGAACACACGGGCCGUAUCCUGGCCGCCAGUGGAAACACGACCCUGGAGAACUGGGCCGAAGAGAACCUCAGGACGCAGUUCUACUUCUUCGUGUACUCCAGCCUGAUCAAGCUGCACCACCAGGACAGCUCGGAGCUACUGCGCGACCUCAACCGCCUCAUGGGGAACGAGGCGCUGCUCCAGCUCGACCUCAGGACCCUGGCGCCGGUCUUCAAGGAUCCCGCCAGGAGACAGUGGUUCGAGGAGGUGAUAGACAAUAACCUCAAACUGUGGGAGGUCAACAUGACGUAGCCCGGUGCUCUGUAGCUUUACAGACUGCUAGUUAGGUCUAUAACUAUUUAUUCACGUAGUUAGUAAGGAAGUGUAUGACAAUCUGAGACAAUAUUUGUGUUUUAUCUAGUUGAACUUGUAUUAUAUUACUGUGUAAAUACUUAUAUUGGCUAAUGUUUAGCUAAUUUAUUAAAUAUUACAAAGCAAUAAGGUGAAA